GGAUUGGUUGCCUAGCCACGGCGGGAAGGGCGAGAUGGAGCUGCGAGCGGAGCUGACAGGCCGCGGAGGGGAGAAGCGGCCGCUGCGGGUCCCUUGCGAGCCUCCGGGGGAGCUGCGGGGCCUCCUCGGGGGGUUGGCACGCCUUCGGGAGCAAGUCAGCGCCCUCCUCGGCCCACUGGUCGAGCAGGAGAGCCGCGCCGGCGGAGGAGAGCCGGGCGCGGAUGCAGGUGAUGAAGAUGAGGAGGAUGAAGAUGAGGAAGAGAAUCACGUGAAUGCCAAGCCAUGUCCUGACGGACCACCACUCAAACGUACAAAAAGGAACUCUUGACAAAAGCUAAACAGCUUUUUUGGACCUUUUCCCUCCGAAGAGUGCUGGUCUAUUUCGAUAACCCGAAAAAUACCAAGCUUUUCGUUGUUUUAUUAUUGAUUUAAUAAUAAUAAUGUAAAGGGAAACUGGUAUUAUAUUUGUGAAUAUUGUCUAAAAAUUAAAGUGCAUAUGUUUGUAAGAUUUUUAAAAACA